GUACACUCAUAUAUAUAUAAGGAAAGUAGUGUAGCAUCUGUGUUUAUGUAGCUGCUCCAUAAUGCAAAAACUUGGAAAUUUCAAGUUGAGGCCCCUCCUUAGUUCUCUUUUAUGGACCAUCUACUUUGCUGCACACAUUGGCGCUAUCAAGAUCAAGAACAGCUUCAAUUUCAAAGAAGCCCCAAAAUUCUACAACUCCCCAACAUGUCCUUCUCUUCACUACUACUCCUCCACCGACACAAAUAUUACUACUACCACUAAUGAAAUUUGCUUUGAAAAUGCAGUAAAUGUAGCCAUGACCCUUGAUGCACAUUAUCUCCGAGGUUCAAUGGCUGCGAUUCUUUCUGUUCUUCAACAUUCUUCUUGCCCUGAAAAUGUUAUUUUUUACUUUGUGGCUUCUUCAUCUGCCGACACUAAUUAUUUAAAUCAAACGCUUGCUAGUUCAUUCCCUUAUCUUCAUUUCACCAUUUAUCCUUUCCAAGAUUCAGCUGUGGCUGGCUUGAUUUCCACGUCGAUUCGUGCUGCUUUGGACUGUCCUCUAAAUUAUGCUCGAAAUUACCUCGCUGAUCUUCUUCCUGGAUGUAUCCAAAAGGUUGUGUACCUGGAUUCAGAUCUUGUUCUUGUAGAUGACAUUGCUAAGUUGGCAGCAACACCUCUAGGUGAAAAAACAGUUCUAGCAGCACCAGAAUACUGCAACGCAAAUUUCACUACUUAUUUCACCCCUACUUUCUGGUCAAACCCUUCUCUUUCUUUGACUUUCUCGAACCGAAAGCCUUGUUAUUUCAACACGGGUGUUAUGGUAAUUGAUCUUGAAAGAUGGAGAACUGGAGAUUAUACGACAAAGAUUGUAGAAUGGAUGGAACUUCAGAAGAGAAUGAGGAUUUAUGAAUUGGGUUCAUUGCCACCUUUUUUGCUUGUUUUUGCUGGAAAUAUAGCUCCUGUUGAUCAUAAGUGGAACCAACAUGGUCUUGGUGGAGAUAAUUUUCGAGGACUAUGUAGGGAUUUGCACCCUGGUCCGGUCAGCCUAUUGCAUUGGAGCGGGAAAGGGAAGCCGUGGGUUCGACUCGAUGCGAGCCGGCCUUGCCCGUUAGAUGCCCUGUGGGCACCUUAUGAUCUGUUGCAAACACCUUAUGUUCUUGAAUCUUAAGUUAUAAGAAGUUGGAGCACAAGAGAGAGUAGAGAUCUGUGUACUUGUGGAGUUGUGGAGAUCCUCCUCGAUUGUGUUGUGUACAGUAAGCUUUUCUUUUCAUAUAUAGUACGGGAAUUGAGUAAGGUGACGGCUGUUUCUUGUAUAUUGGAGUAUACAGUUAUUUUAUUGUGGUACUUAUUAAGAGGAACUAUUUUUGAAUAUAUAUGCUGUGAGAUUAAACAGUUGAUGACA